ACUCUGAAAACAACAUGGUUGCACAGAAAAUCACACAUUUUAUGAAGUCAAGGACACUGUCGGCACAUUUGCAGUAAAUAGUAAAUCUAUUUUCAAUUGAAAAAUACUUAAUUUAUAAAAAGUGUCAGUAAAAAUGAUGUGGAAGUUAUUUCACCCUUCUUACGCAUCAAUUGUGAUGCGAAAUUCUUUAUUUUGCCAUGUAAAUCUUCAGGCUCAACAGGUACGUAGUUAUUAAAUUAAUACGUCAGUUGUCUGUAACUAAACUGUAACCGUUUACUUUGUGUUGUGUCAGUAAGUUCGUUAGGUAGUUUAACACUUGAGCGUCGGCCAAGAAAAAAUCCAGCUGUUCCGGUUUGAAGGGCUAUUUAAACAAUUAUUCUUAUUUUGUUUUUACGACGUUGUACAUAUUCUUCUUAUUCUUAUCUACAAUGAAUUCAUGUUCCGCAAGCGUUUUCAAGGACAUGAUAUUUUCAAGAACUUCAUUCUCGCAUUGGGGGAGAACUAUGCAUAAUGUCAUUUUUACACAUUACAUUGUUUGAUUUCUUCUAUUUUAUUUUUUUUUAAAAAUUAAAUUGUUUUACAUUUUCUAUUUUUUUAAAAUUGUCGUGUGUUAUUUGUUCUACCCGGUACUGCAUAUGUGCUGGAAGAGUAUGUACAACGUCGUAAAAAAAGAUAAGAAUAAUUGUUUAAAUAGCCCUUCAAACCGGAACAGCUGGAUUUUUUCUUGGCCGACGCUCAAGUGGUAAAUUACCUAACGAACUUACUUAAAGUUGAAACUUAUUAACUUCCUAACUUCUAGUAUAACUAAAAAAAGUUAAGUAAUAUACCUAUUAACUAGUAAAUUAGUAAGUUAGUAAGUAUUUAAAUUCUAAAAAUUCAAUAUAAUUUUCAACUUGUCAAAUUCAAUAAUUUAAGUUUGUUCAUCAACAGUACACAGCUCUUCACAACAACACCCAGUCCGCUGGGCAUUACACUUACACUGUACAUUUUUUUGGGUACAUUUCAGUAUGGCGCCCCAUUCUUUCACUUUUUUUUCCCCCAUGGUGGCCAUCUUUGUUGCAUAAUUAAAAAAAAAAAAAACUUAACGACCCUGCAGUUCAGUAUACUAUUACUAGUACUUACAAUGUAGGAUGUAUAAAAAUAUGUACUUAGCUGUAAAGAGCUAACUACAUAAUAAAUCAAAUUUCUAGCUUUACUUUAGACAACUAGUAGUUUUUGAGUUAUGGCAUGGGCUAUGAAUUUUUAAAGGUUGAAUUCAACCUUUGUUAUUUGUUUUAAUGAGGACUGUGCUACCACAUAGUAUGUUGCAGUUCAGGUAUUUAUGUGUUGCGUGCAAGAAAUUUUAUUUUAUACCGGAUUAAUGUCAGGAUAAGGCAUUACUGCCAUUGCUAUAAUUUUUGCAAUAUUCUCCCAUAUGAGUAGUAAUUUAUAAGAGAAUAACAAUUAUUAUUAUUGCUAUUACUAUUAUUAAACAGUAAAUUAUUGAUUUAAUAAUGAAGAAAACUAGAACUAGAACGGAUAAAUUUCGAACCCGGUGACAAAACUAUUUAACGUCCAUAAUACACUAAAAAGCAACCCAUAGACUCUACCAAAAACUUUUCAAGUUUGGUUAUAAUCUUUUCUUAUUUUUAAAAAAAUUAUUCAUUUGAAACUUAUUAGAAUUAUUCAGAUGAUUAGGGACUAAACAAAAAAAGGAUCACUUCAUAAUUGUCAGUAAUCAUAGCCAUUUCUGGCUACUCGAUCGAAUAAAAUUAACUUUCGCUUUGGCGACAUUUUCAUACCCCCCACCUACACUUUAGCGGGAGGUAUAAUUUUUCAUUGAGUUGGUCGAUUUUAAUAAUUUAAAUAUGUUAACACUCGUGAAUGAAUGUAGUUUCUAAAGAACGAAACCGUUUUCUUAUGGAUUAAAUAACAAAAAAGUAUUGUGUGAUAAACUUACCGAAUGGUUAUGAUGUUCCUGUCUGUGACACAAAAAAUCAAACUCAUGGCAUAAAUUUAAUAGAAUCACUGGAACACAAAAACUGAUGCGUCACUGAUGAAGAAAAUAAUUAUUUAAUAAACAAAGGUGAUGUAGUAUGCAAUUUUCCAAAGAUAACGCGUAGCUGUACGCCAUAUUGUAGAACAAGUUUUUUUUACAUUUUUGGACAUGCGCAGUUCGGUGCGUCGACUAGUUUAAAGUACCUAUUAUAAUUUAUUGCUUAGUUUUCUAUGUUCAGUGUAUUUAUUAUAUAAACAGUUUGCCUAUGUAUUGUUAUAAUGUUAACCAUAGGCAUAACGUUACUAAAAUUUAAUAACCUAAUUACAUUAUAUCUUCAUUUCAGAAACUAGCUUGUACUUGCUGGUACUCCACAAGAAAAAUUGGGGUAUGUAAAAUCUCAUGAUGUUAAAUCAUAAUUAGAUUUUCAAUUAUCGGUUUAAAAAAUAUAAAAUUAGCUGUUUCUUUAAAAAAUAUAAAGAAGUUAAUAAAUAAUUUUUGUCUAUAUUUUAAAGAAAAUAACAAAAUUUAGAGAAUAUAAUCCUCAUAUAUGUUUCUUUAAAGGCCAAAGACACAAACUAACACUAUUCUGUUUAAAAUGAGAUUUAUUCAACUGAAAUCAAUUUAAAAGGUUAUGAUGUUUAAACUUCAAGUGUUCUCUCAAUUUUUUAAAGUUUCUUAUUGUGUUUUAUAUUAAGUCUGUUAAAAAUUAUUUUAACCAUAAUGUGCAAAGCUUUUUUGUAUUUUUCAUCAAUAAAGCUUAAUACCAUUUCUUUAUUAGAAUGACAAAAUACAUGUGAAUAUACUAGUAUAUCAACAAUUUUACUGUUUAACCAGUGACUGCUCACAAAAUCACAUAUAAUUUUAACUUGUAGGAGGUUAUUCAAGAUGUGGAAAAGAUCAGAAAUAUUGGAAUUUCUGCCCAUAUUGAUUCAGGAAAAACAACUCUAACAGAACGAUUACUCUUUUACACUGGAAGAGUUGAAGAAAUGCAUGAGGUAAUUGAAAAAGUCUCUCCAGUCUAAUCAUCAUGCUUUACAUUCUUUAUAUGACAGAGCUGUUUCAACAUCCAAAUUUCUGAACUCUUGUUAUUGGCAUAACAAAAUCACACUGUCCCAUUAUGCUAUCAGUGAAUAUAUUAUAUUAUCAGUGAAUAUAUUUUACUAUCAGUGAACAUAUUUUACUAUCAGUGUGAAUAUAUUAUACUAUUAGUGAAUACUUUGAUAUAAAACUUUAAAAAAUUGAAGGGUUAUUAUUUUUUUUUGUACUGUGUGAUUUGAUUUUUUUGGAUGUCAGGUUAAAGGCAAAGAUCUAGUGGGUGCAAAGAUGGAUUUCAUGGAGUUGGAAAGGCAAAGGGGAAUCACCAUUCAGUCUGCAGCAACUUACGUUAUGUGGAAAGAUCACAACAUCAAUAUUAUAGAUACCCCUGGUAAGGAUUUUUGAAAUUAUAUAAAUUUAAUACUCUAGAAGAAUUAAAAAAUAAUGUUUCUGGAUUCAUCUACACAGUUCUUUAUGUGUUUAUCAUCACAUAAGUAUUUUCAUACAUUUCAUAUCAAUCUCUUGGAUUAUGUUUGAAAUUUAUAGCUGCACAAAAGUUAUAAAUGAAAUGAAAGCAGUGUUAGACUGGUCAGAUCUUGUCUAGAAAUUGAAGGUUCCUCACCUCUGACAGAGAAAGUUAUGAGAUUUUGUUUCUGUAUAGGUCACGUAGAUUUUACUGUUGAGGUAGAGAGGGCUCUUCGAGUGCUUGAUGGUGCUGUCCUAGUGUUGUGUGCUGUGGGAGGUGUUCAGAGUCAGACCUACACAGUGAACAGACAGAUGAAACGCUACAAUGUUCCAUGUUUGGCCUUUAUCAACAAACUUGACAGACAAGGAUCCAGUCCAAAGAGAGUCUUGCAUCAACUCCGGUAACUUGUUGACAUAACCCUGUUAUUUACACGAUUUCCCCGUGCGUGAACUUUGCUUGAUCUUAAAUUAGAUUAUUAAGCAGACGCUCGCUUCAUAGAUGGGCAGGGCUAGUUCUUUUGAUCUGUCGUGUUUACCAAUUAAAAAUGGUUAGACUGACUCAAGUAUCUUGUCGAAUGAUCUCGAUUUGUUCUAGAAAUGUAAACAAAUGCUGUGUAGCUUCUGGAAGGCAGGGCUUACGCGUUGGUAGACCCACAUGUAUAUAAGGGAGUGACAGAUACGGAGAGACGGAGAUUCAGAUAGAUAUUAUUAACUUUACGAGGCGUGUAUUAUUCUUUGUGUAUUUGUGUGCUCAUAUGUGUUUAUUUCACAUUCAUCAUUAUUAAUUGGCACAUUGUAUUAACUGUGUACCGGUACAAGAUCUACCAUACUGUAAGUUGAUGAUUUAUAAUUAUAUUUCUUUUGUUUUGUUAUUGUAUUAUUACUAAAUUAAAUCAUAUUAAUUGUAACUGGCAACUGUUUUGGGUGUCGUAUCUUUAUUAUCGUAUUUUCUAUGGUAUCGUCCUCUGUUAGGCACUGUUUGAAUGAGCCAUAAAAUUAAAAAUAAGAUAUUAAUUUCUCACAAGAGAAGCCAGUGCGUAACAACCCUAUCAAGCGGGUGAAAAAAAUAACAAAAAUAACUCAAAAUUCUAAAUAAUAAUUGAUGGCUGAUUUCUAAUCUAGAGAAAUACUUUAGAUGCCCCGUGUUUAAAUUAUUAUAAUUGUAAAAUGAUUUUUUGGUUAAAAUAUGUAUUUAUUUAUGUGCUGAAAAUGAAUAUGUACAAUGUAAUAAAAGAACAUUUUUAUUUAUUUGGAUCAAUAAAGGAAUCGUAUCUUAAUUGGGAAUAAAAAAAGAAAUUAAAAAUGUAAAAAAAAAAUAAAAAAAAUUAAGAAACGAUAUCAUAUGACUUUGAUUAAGAUAAUAAUAUUGUGGAACACAAAAAAACAACUGUGUUAUAUCAAUUAAAGUAAACAAUGUUACAUGAAUUUACGAAGCUCCUAAAAAACCAAAUAGAUGAGCUUGUUGUGGUAGACACAGAAAUAAUUUUAAGUAUUUCAUAAUCAGACGUAAUAGUUCUUAAGAUUUUAAACAAUCAGUUAUAUCUUUAACAGGAAACAAAGUGAUCAGACUGUUUCACCCAAUAGGGCACAACACAAAACACAAGAAGACUGCUAUUUCAACACAAAUCUCAAAUGUUAUUCUUUUCAGAUCCAAACUUCACCAUAACGCAGCAUUUCUCAACCUUCCCAUUGGCCUGGAGGGGGACCACCAGGGUAUUGUUGAUCUCAUCCAAGAGAAGGCUAUCUUCUUUGAAGAGCCCCACGGGUAAACUCGCCUAUUUCUGGCUCAGUUGUAACCUUUCUUUAUCUUCAAUUCUCAUAUCAAAUUAAUUUUUGUUUCACAGUUUUUGUUUUUUUUGGUUCAUGUUUCGUCAAAGUAAUAUUUCAUAAAUGAGGGUAGCUGUACAAUUUUCUUGGGUCAAGACAGAUGCAUUAUUUAUUAUCAAAUAGUUACUUAGACGUUAAGGAAGCCGUACACAAUAUUAUUAUCAGAAUAUUGUAACAAAUUUUAAUACCUUGAUGACCUCACAUCUUAUUUUGUUGUCAGGAUAACUCUACGAGAAGAUGACAUCCCAUUGGACAUGAGGACUGAAGCUAAAGAAAAAAGACAAGAAAUGAUUGGUGGGUCACAGCUUAUAUCAUCAACUUCUUUAUGCGCAUUAAUAUGCUGACAUUAAAAAAUAAUGUGUCCAAUUUUUACAGAACUGAAUUUUAUUUAGUAGUGCUGAAGACAGAGAGGAAUGGAGGAGGAUGGUUCACAUGUCAUCUGUGGCGCCCCAACGGUCCAAGGACUAAGGGACAUGAGGAUGAGGAGGAAGUGGCAGAUCCAUUAGUUAAUUUGUAAAAAGGGAUGCAUGGUUUAAGGGGGUGGGGGGGGGGGUUGUCAUUAUUUAAUCUAUAGCCAUGAUUCCAAUAAAUAAUGGCACACAGAAGCUAACAAAAACAAACUUAAACCAUUAUGCACAAAUGCUGUAAUCCUUGAAUACUUUUUACUGUAGUAGAGGCAUACACCAAAUCCACUUUUUGGAAAAAUUUCUCUUAUUUUUAAAAUUAUUGUGCAUUCAUAUAAUACACUAAAACAAGAUCAGACUACAUGACAGGACUUAAUAAUGGUCUAAUUAUACAUCAUUAAGAAAAGAAAAUAAAAAAAAAAUAUAAUUUGUAACCCUUUUUUGUUUCUCUUCAUUUUUAGAAAUGGUUGCUAAUGUGGAUGAAAAACUAGGAGAAAUGUUUCUUGAGGAGAAGACCCCAUCAGUUCAAGAUAUUAUGGUACAGUUUUUAAUUGAUAUCACAAAAAUAGCAUCAGUCUGCAGCCACCUUCACAAUUUACUCGACCUGUGCACAAAAUAUAGAAUUCACAUGCAUGUUUGGGACUGUCCCUCACUUGGUCUCAUUCCCCCCCAGCCCCUCCCCCACCACCUCCAUGUCUGUACAUGCCCCAGUUAUCCCACUUUCCACAGAGUUGACCAAGACCCUUUUGACCCCCAUAAUUACCCUGGGCACGAAGCUCAUAUACAAGAUCACAGUUCUAGAUCUUAAUCAGGGGGUAUCACAAACCAUAGCUGGUUUCGUAGGUCAUCUAGAUAAAUUUUCUUUAUCUUUAACUCAAAAAUAAGUAUCAGUGGGGUUCAUCUACAGAAGAAGAAAGGGAAGAAUGGUGCAUCUGUAGGAGCAAUAAUGGUGUUGGUGUCAGCUUUUCUACUCCCAUAAAGUUUAAGGACCCGUACAUUUUCAGUAGUGUGGUUUUUAACUUAACAAUUUGAAGAUUUCCUGUCUCACAGGCUGCUGUGAGAAGGGCCACAAUUAAGAGAACGUUUACACCAGUCCUUGUGGGAUCAGCAUUGAAGAACAAGGGUGUGCAACCGCUGCUGGAUGCUGUACUGAGUUACCUCCCCAACCCUGCAGAAGUAACCAACAUUUGCCUUGACAACAGUGAAGGGUGAGUAUUCUUCUUUACGCUGCUGCUACUUCACUAAAGAAAAUUUCAUCCUCAGACAUCAGUUGUUUUAAUAGUUUUAAAAAAAAUAAGCAAAGCUUUUCCAAGGCAGAUAAUCUAUUGCAAAGAGAGACGUUAAAAUGUUUUAAAAUUUCGAUCAAAUAAUAUGUAAGAAAUCUAAUAAAUUUAUCGUGGUCAGUAGCUUUUGUUUAGAUGAAUACAUUUUUUAAAACUUUCAGCCCAGAGAAGACACCAAAGAAGUUUAACUUAGAUCCAGCUCGAACAAUGGAUCCUCCCUUUGUUGGCCUGGCUUUUAAACUCGAGGUUUGUAAAACUCAUGAAACUCAACGUUUGUAAAACUCAUAAAACUCAAGGUUUGUAAAACCCAUAAAACUUGAGGUUUGUAAAGCUCAUUAAACUCUCUACCUUAAGGGUAUACACUGUUUUUGCAGCCAAAAGACAUACUUGUGUUGAUGGAAAACCACACAGUAUCACCAAAAAUAUUUUUGUCCAUUUGGUUAGUCGGCCACUGAUAAUUUGCAUGCCUAUCUGUUGCAGGCUGGUAAAUACGGGCAACUUACAUACGUCCGUGUUUACCAGGGUGGCAUCAAGCGAGGGGACACAAUAAUAAACACCAGGACUCAGAAGAAGACAAGAGUACAGCGACUUGUGCGCAUGAAUGCUGAUGAGAUGGAGGUAACUACGAUACAUGUUAUCUGAUUUCUUAUUUUAAAAAAUCUCAAUCUUGGUGUCAACUCCUAUACAGUCUUCUUGGAUUGAUUACAUUCGUCAAGUUCUUUUCACACGUUGAAGUGUCGUACUAUUCUCACUAUCAUCGAACAAACUCAACUCCUUUUCAUAAUAACUAUAACUUUAAUGUAUAAGUAAAUAUAAUACACAUAACAUGUGAAUAUAGCGCAGCUCGCUAUCAGACCUAAAUAAUACACAUCCUAUCACUCCAAAGUUCCACUCAAGACUGCCGCACGACUAAAACAUACGUCACAAUACUGCAUAGACAAUAAUCACGAAUCAGCAUAAAAAUACAUCAUAGAGACAAUGGCGGGAAGAGCGUUCACUAACUAUAAUAGUCAAGCGCGGGAAAAGCGUUCAACAACUAAUGAACAUAAUAUUGAGUCGCAACAAUUACUAAUGAACGCUCAUACUCGACAUAUCCCCCCUCUUUCAUUUCAGAUUUAACUAAGGGAGUUAAAUCGUCACCAGACACACAAAAUUUACAUGAAUUACAACAAGAAGAACCCUUCAGCCAUAUGAAUGGUCCUUAUCAAAAAAACAUUAUUUAGGUAUCACUGAAAAUCAAACAGAUUUAUGAUAUACUGCAAUAAAAUAAACAAUCCUUUGUACAUAAUUUUAAAUGCAAUUCAAGAGUUAAAAAUUCAUGUACGACAAUAAAAAUCAGACCCUUUAAAUUUGAAUGUCAACAUUAAUUUUCAUUUUCCAUAAUUAUAUUUUUAUCUCAAAAAUCAGGGCAAAUACAUCAAUAUCCUUACUGAAUUUGAAAGUAUAACUAAGAUAAUUCAAUUCAUAUCAUCAAGAAGGUGUAUUUUUAAACAAAACCAAUGGCCAUCACUAUAAAAACACAAAACUAUCUAACAUUAUUACAAGUGAGAGAUGCCUCACCACAAUUUAAGCAGCCUUUAUUUGCUCUUAAAUAACACAGCUACAGAUGGCGGGACAUAUCUUUUGUCCGUGGAUUUCACAACUUUAUGCUUCAACAUGUUUAUUAUAAUUAAAAUUAUCUCUCCCUGUUCUUUUGACCCGUGGUCAUAACUCAUGUGAAACCUCAGUUUUACAAUACAUAUUUUUAAAUUGUUACAAAAUGAAAAACGAGUCUCAUAAAAAAGAAAUUCAAACAAAUCAGGAACUUCAAGGCAAUCAUGGUAAUAGUUCAUUUUAACAGAUUCAUUUUUUUUAACAAUACAAACAAAAGAAUCACCUCCCAACUCAUGGACCUGACAACUCACCUCCUCUUGAAAAUCAUAAACAAGUGCACCUUUAGAGCUGGCAGAGCUCUCUUUAAUUAAUUCAACAUUGGUUUCCAACUUAAUGUUAGAGCACUCCUGGCUCUCAAAAUCUGGACAACCUUCACUCACAUUACUUGGAAUUUAUUUUCAUUAAAACUAUCUGUAAUAAUAUGUACAUUUGAGCAGCCCUGGCUCACAUUUACAGGUGAUUCAUUAUCAUUACAGCUAUCCGUAACAAUAUGAAAAUUUGAGCCACCCUGGCUCACAUUUACAGGUGAUUCAUUAUCAUUACAAUUAUCCGUAACAAUAUGAAAAUUUGAGCAGUCCUGGCUCACAUUUACAGGUGAUUCAUUAUCAUUACAAUUAUCCGUACCAAUAUGAACAUUUGAGCAGCCCUGGCUCACAUUACCUAUUGAUUCAUCAUCAAUACGGCUCUCUGUAAUACUAUAAAAUUUUGAGCAACCCCUGCUCAUAACAACUUGUGAUACAUUUUUAUUGCAGAUCUCUGCAGUAACACCAAAACCUGAGCACAUCUGGUUCACAUUAUCAACUAAUUCAUUUUCAUUUCCGGUACAUAUCUCUGUAAAAAUAUCAACAUUUGAGCAACCUUUGCUCACAUUACACAGUGAUCCAUUUACAUCACAAUAAUUAUCAGCAAUAAUUUUCCCUCCUUCCCCUCACCUCAUCAACUUCACACAAAAAAUAAGACACUUUAACUUCAGGGCUUACAUUAUCUGAUGGCUCACCAUGAGAUACAACAAAAAUCAUGUCCUCAGACAUUAGAACAGGGUUCUCUUUGCUUUCAAUGCCGCCCGUUUCCAUAACAACCAAUUCAUUACAUGCUGUGGCGCUGGGACAAUCCCCUACAUAUGUCCACCUAAGGUCAUUUCCAAUGACUUCUACCUUAUUAAAUUGUCGUCCCCUUUCUUCUUUACAUUGGACUUCCUGGGAUACACCAACUACUUCAACCUCGUUUUGACAUGAAUCUAAAGCUAUAUCUGUACCCUUUGGCUAUGGGGGUAUGUCAGCACGGUCAACGUUGUCCCUUUUAACGUUAGCCGACGGACCAAUGAACAAAUCACUGUCAUUUCCAUUUAAAAAAAUUGAGUCGUCACCAGAGGCAAUAAUAUCAUUUUGUUCCUCAGUAUCUUUAGCCAUGAACUGUGGUUGCGAGGCCGGCUCUUGCCUGGGGUCAGGAUCAUGAGUAUGUCCACCGUUAUCCACAUAAUCGUCAAUAAAGUUGUUUUCACUUACAUUAAAAAAAAUCUAUUAAAAUUUUUAUAGGGAUUCUCACAGUAAAUGCUGGCAAUGCCAUAAUAUAUUUCUUUCCCCUGGCUCUCGUCAUCGUCACUGUCGCUAUAAUAAUAUGCCUGUCUCUUUAAAAUAAUAUCCCGUCGUUCUGCCUCUAUUUCCGCCAGUCUAAUUUCUCUAUCAAGUUUAUCUAGUUCAAAUUGUCUCUCUCUUUGUUUAUCUCUAUCUAUACGUUCUUUCUCUCUCUGUCUAUCUACACGUUCUUUCUCUCUCUGUCUAUCUACACGUUCUUUCUCUCUCUGUCUAUCUACACGUUCUUUCUCUCUCUGUCUAUCUACACGUUCUUCCUCUCUGGCUCUAAGUUCUUGUUCUUCAAACUUAACUCUUAUAUACUCCUCUAGGUUCUCUCCCGUAUAACGAAGUAACACUCCCACAUGCCUAAUUUCUUCUAAACUCCAUUUCCCACUGACAUAUCCAGCCAUAGCAAUAAAAUUUAGGGAACUCUAGCAGAAAAAUAACUUUUACCCAGGUAAAAAAAAUGUAAAUACAUAAGUCAUAAGAAAAUUUAUGGAGUUACUGGCACAUGCAACUCACAUAAACUUGACACAUGGUGGCAGCGGGGCUCCGACAUUGAAAUACGGGAACAUGCGACGAUGGUUGUAACUUCACUAAAGUUGAAUAAUAAGAAUGUUCUUGUACUUUACCUCAAAUUAUGAAAAUGAUGAGGUUCACCAAUCCCGGAUGAGAAGCCCCCAUGUCAACUCCUACAGUCUUCUUGGAUUGAUUACAUUCGUCAAGUUCUUUUCACACGUUGAAGCGUCGUACUAUUCUCACUAUCAUCGAACAAACUCAACUCCUUUUCAUAAUAACUAUAACUUUAAUGUAUAAGUAAAUAUAAUACACAUAACAUGUGAAUAUAGCGCAGCUCGCUAUCAGACCUAAAUAAUACAGAUCCUAUCACUCCAAAGUUCCACUCAAAACUGCCGCAUGACUAAAACAUACAUCACAAUACUGCAUAGACAAUACGUCACGAAUCAGCAUAAAAAUACAUCAUAGAGACAAUGGCGGGAAGAGCGUUCACCAACUAUAAUAGUCAAACGUGGGAAAAGCGUUAACAACUAAUGAACAUAAUAUUGAGUCGCAACAAUUACUAAUGAACGCUCAUACUCGACACUUGGUAGUAACAGCUUUUCAAUAUGUUUUUAUUUUAAAUAAUAAAGAUGUAAAGCACAUUUAGCUGAAGGCAAAAUGUUUAAAUUGAAAUAUGUCAAUGUACUUUUAUUGACAUUAGUCCUUAUCAUCGGCUCAUAUGUGCAGGCCACUUUUUUUUUAUAUACACUUUUAUAAUUUUUUUGUUAAUACUUAUACUUUUAUAGUUUUUUGUCAAUGCAUAUGCUUAAAUAGUUUUUUUUUGUCAAUGCGUACACUUUUAGUAUGUUUUUGUCAAUACUUACUAUUUUACUUUUUUUUUUCAAGGAUGUUACUGAGGUGUAUGCUGGAGAUAUAUGUGCCUUGUUUGGCGUUGACUGUUCUAGUGGAGACACAUUUGUCACAAAGGGCAACUUACAUCUUUCCAUGGUAAAUACAGCAUUCAGUUUUUAUUAGAUUCACUGGUUUACUAAACGGGUAUGUCAUGGGAUAUUUAUAGUCUUGACAGCAGUGCUCAAGGUUUUAAAUAUGUGAUAGACAGAAAAAGUCUGUCUGUAAUUCUUACUGCGCACCUGAUGGGAAAUACUCCAUAUUUAUCUCAAUUUCAACCACCAAACCAACUUACCUUCUUUUUUUUUUGUCACAGGAGUCCAUGUUUGUCCCAGAGCCGGUCAUUUCAAUGUCCAUCAAACCCAUUAAAAAGACUGACAUUGAAAACUUCUCCAAGGGCAUUGCCCGUUUCACCAAGGAGGAUCCAACAUUCCGUGUCCUCUGGGAUGAUGAAUCCAAAGAGACUAUAGCUUCGGGGAUGGGGGAGCUACAUCUCGACAUCUAUUCACAGGUGUGUUUUUGACAUCUGCACACAGGUGGGUUUUUGACAUCUGCACACAGGUGGGAUUUUGACAUCUGUGCACAGCCUGGUUUUUUACAUCUGCACACAUGUGUGUUUUUGACAUCUGCACAUGUGUGUGUUUUUUACAUCUGCACACGUGUGUCUCUGACAUGAACAAGCAUGUUUGUGCAAUAACAUUUCGGCCUUGAUUUGAAAGCCUGAUGAAUUAUUUUGCAAGUGUAACAAAAGUCCCAUCACUGGGAAUAAAAAAAGAGACAGACUAGUACUUUCACUAAAUAAAUUACCUCAAGUCUCAAAACAUAUUUUGAUUCCCCAAUGCAAAAAUUUCUUUUUGGGCAGAGCAUAUUCAAACCUCUUUACAAAUAUGCAAAUUUAAUUUAUACUUUUGACAUUUAGCCAUAUUCAAAGGAAUUAGUACAGACAGAUAAAAGUUGUUAUACGUAACCCAUGGUCCUUCUUCCUUGCUUUUUUUCGUAGAUUUAAAUUUAAAAUAUAUGAUCAAAAAGCAUUCUUUCUGUUUUUAAAUUUUACUAAAAUGUAUUUUAUUUCCAGAGGCUGGAAAGAGAGUACAAUGCCAAAUGCGUUUUGGGAAAACCUAAAGUGGCCUUCAGGGAGUCCUUGGUGUCACCUUGCAACUUUGAUUACUUGCAUAAGAAGCAGACAGGUGGCCAGGGCCAGUUCGCCAAAGUCAUUGGAGUUAUGGAGGUCAGUGAGGUCAUCUCAAUGCAUCGAUUAGAAUUUCAUCAUUAUUUUUUUUAACUCAAUCUUCCAACUAAUUUGGUUUAGACCAUUAAGGUAUGUAAAUAUUACUGGCAAAUUGUGUAAUCCAGGCAUUCUAUAGAAUACACAAUCCUGAUGAUCCUAGUCAAAGUGUGAAAUACAUUAGACAUUAUACACAUUGCCUAGGCCUACAAUAGAAAGCUUGACUAGAUUUAGGCAAAGUAUAAAAAAAAAAAUUAGAGGGAUUGGAGUUCGGAUAAACCAAAAAAAAAAUAAAAAACAGCAAGGGGCAAAAACAUUUUGAGAUAAAAAUGUCCUACCAGUUCUAGCAUAUGUGUUUUUUAAAAUACAAACACUUUUAUUUUGACAUUUUGUGUUACACAUACACUUAGCAAAUCCUUGUCCAGGUCCAGUCGGCUGUUGUGUUGUCCAGGUCCAGUCGACUGUUGUGUUGCCCAGGUCCAAUUGACUGUUGUGUUGUCCAGGUCCAGUCGACUGUUGUGUUGUCAAGGUCCAGUCGACUGAUGUGUUGCCCAGGUCCAAUUGACUGUUGUGUUGUCAAGGUCCAGUCGACUGAUGUGUUGCAGCUGAUCUGAGUUUUGUUUUGUCAAUUGGGAAUGUUCCAAUCAAAUUGUUCCUAGCCUUAAAGAUUAUUGGCCACAGUUUAAGAUUGUGCAUGUGAAGCCUCUCCAUAGCCAAAGUAAAAAAAAAAAAACAACUACUUUGUAAUUCAAAAGGCCAUUCAAAAUCAGAUUUUAGCCAUAAAUUAAAAAAAAAUAAAAACAUUAGAAAACUUCUAAUAGCCGUAAUGUACUUAAAAAGUUUUUAAUUCUGUUCUUUUGUUUAUAAGUCUAUUACCUUUUGUGUGUUAUUAUAUACUGGCAAGAAUUCUUUAGAAUGCCUGACAAUUCUGUUCAAAAUGUGAAAUGCAUAGGCCAUUGUACACUUAUACACUUUGCAUGAUGAUUUAUAGAAUGCAUGGAUUUCAUACUUUGCCUAUAGCAUAUAUACAUAUAUCAUGGGGUCUAAUUUAAAUAUUUCAAACUCAAGAUUUUUUAACCAAUUUUUGUAUAUCUAAUUUAUUUGUAAAUUACAAGAAAUUUUGUAUCCAUUGCUUCCAUUUAUACUAUAAAGUGUGCAUUACGCCAUGAAAAUACAACCCAAACAAAUCUUAAUAAGAUAAUUUAAUUUUUUUGUACCCAGCCUCUGCCAGCAGAUGAGAACACCAAACUGGAAUUUGUUAGUGAGAUUGUUGGUACUAAUGUGCCGAGGCAGUUCAUUCCAUCUUGUAAAGCUGUAAGUAAAAAAAACAAAAAACCUUUGAUUGCAAUCUAAAUAUUGCAUUUUAACUUCAUGCAAGCCAAUGAUCCUUUUUAUUUUACUUUUUGCUCUCAAAAAUUCUCCAGAAUCUGAUUUCACAGAGUAACAAUUGACAAAUUAUACUUAUUUCAAUUCAAGGCUACUUAUUUCACCUCCAUUCAUGUCAAUGUUAAUUUUCCACAACUCUCUCACGAUCACUUAUUACAACAUAUUGAAUUAAAAAACUAACCCACACACUCAUGUUUAAGAACUAAACCUAAUUAGUUUGCGCCUAAAGCUCAAUUUUAUGAUUAGUUGGGAAAACUUCAAAAGACAAUUUGGGAAGAGUCUGUUUUACUUUUGAAAUACUUUGUAAUUAUUUCUCUCAAAUAUGGCCUCAAGAAGGUUCUCUGCGAUGGCAGAAAUGUAAUUUCUUACAAAGUUGGUCAUAUUUAGAAUUUUAUGCAUUAUUCUGUCCAAUUAAAUUUAAAUAAUCACAUAAUAUGUUUUAUUUAAAAAACAACAACAUUAAAAUGUUUAAAAGCACACAAAAUUGUUUCAAAUGCUUUGGCUAAUACACCUUUCACUAUGUUUGUGUGAUGAGCCAUGCAAAAAUGAAACCACUACAAAAUUAGCAACUUAGUGCUGACAAUGACAAGUGAAUACAUGCUGUUAUGUUGGUAACUUUUCCCUUAGGUUUGCCUAAAUCAAAACUUAUUAAUAUUGCAAGUUUGUGUGCAUUUGUUCAGGGUUUCUUAAAGGCUUGUGAUAAAGGAGGCCUGUCUGGACACAAGGUGGCAGGGGUUAGGAUGAGGUUACAGGAUGGUGAGUUCAGUGUGUGUAGCUGUUGUCAUAUGAUAAUGGUGGACUAGGGCAUAUGUGUGUGUGUGCCAGUGGCCAUGUUUGUGUGCCAGUGGCCAUGUUUGUGUGCCAGUGGCCAUGUUUGCGUGCCAGUGGCUAUGUAAGUGUACCAGUGGCUAUGGAUAUGCACAAUGUGAACUAGUAUUUUUAGGAUGUUUAGGUCAGUUAAUAAUUAAAAAUUUAUUUUGCUCUAGAAAAUGAGAUUAAUGUAUUUUGUUGUUUAUUUCAGGUGCAAACCACUCUGUAGAUUCCAGUGACUUAGCUUUCCAGAUAGCUACGGAAAUGGCUAUGAAAGAUGGUAAGCAUUAUUUAUUUAUUUCUUGAAAUCAGUAUAUAGAUAUUACCAAGCAGUUAUUGAGAAAUAAGACUAUAUAGACUUUAUUUAAAUAAUAUGCUGUCUACAUAACAAUAAGACUCUUUAAUGUUAAACUAGAUUGUGUCCAUAAAACAAUGAGACCCUAUUAUGUUAAACUAGACAAUGUCCAUACAAUGAAACCCUAUAAUGUUAAACGAGAUGUUGUACAUAAACUAAUGAGACCUUAUAAAGUUAAACUAGAUGGUGCCCAUACAACAAUGAGACCCUAUAAUGUUGAACUAGAGGGUGUCCACGCAUCAGUAGACCCUGACCCUGUAAUGCUAAACUUGUCCAUAAUUUCCUUGCAGUGUUUGAAUGUGGAACCUGGCAGAUCUUGGAGCCUGUAAUGACAGUGGAGAUAAAUGCUCCAGAGGAGUACAGGAAUGCUGUGCUGGAGAACAUAGUCAAAAGGAAUGCUAUUAUACAAGCCACAGAGAGUAUCGAAGGCUUCUUCACAGUCUACUGUGAGGUAAUGUGUGGAAACCAUUCCGAUCAUCAAAAACCAAUUACAAAUAUUUCCUUAUGUCCAUGAUUUCCAGCCUAACUGAUCUCACUACCCACAAUCCCCUGACACCCUUGCAUACAUGAAUUUUAUUUAAGGUAUUGAAUUUGCACAGAAUUCACGUUUCAUGAUCCUUAAGGAAACAUGACACUAACCAAUACUGUGCUCAUGCAUGAAAUUAAGUUGUAAAUGGAUACUAUAUAACAAAAAUAUACCAAGAAGAAAUAAAAUAAUGGAUCAGAUUCAGAUUGGAGAACAAAAGUUGCUGGCAGGAUGUAAUUGAUAAUAUAUAAAAUUAUUUUUUUUUAAACUUGGGGGACAUAUAAAAUGUUUGUGUGUGUGUGUAUAUAUAUAUAUAUAUAUAUAUAUAUAUAUAUAUAUAUAUAUAUAUAUAUAUACAUUCACUAAUUAACAUAAUUUACCAUAAAUUUCUGAUACAGCCAAACAUUAAAAGGAACAUUUUAUAGCUAAACAGUUUAAAGCUUUAGAGAUUAAUUUUCUUAUCAGGCACCUCUGAAUGAUAUGUUUGGUUACGCCACUGAGUUGAGGUCCUUAACACAAGGAAAAGGAGAGUUCACCAUGGAGUACAGCCGCUACUGCCCUGCCAGGUCAGACACCCAGGAGAAGCUGAUGACAGAAUUCCAAGGAGUCACAGACCCACAACAACAGAAAAAGAAAAAGAAUUGAUGAUUGGAAAAUGAGGGGUGUAAAUAUAUUGAGGGAGGUGGAGGAUUUGUGAAACCGUUAACUGCUAUUGGAGUUGAUGUGUUAAAAAUUUAUUUUCAAGAUCUUGAUAAAAAAAUGUAAAUGCAAAAGCAUGGGAAAACACAAGGUUUAGGCUAGCAUUAUAAAAGAAACCGCAAAAUAUUGCAGAUUGUAAAUGAAAUUUUAAAAAAUAACUUAUCUUUUUUUCUAGAUUAACUCUAGUAAAAUAUUACAUUUGUUAAUCAAAUGACAUUAUUAAUUAUUCAGGAAAUUCUUCAAGGAAGGAAAUUAAUAGAUUGGCAGAGUUAUAGGUACAUAAACUGCAGGAUACUCACCUUCUGAAAUAUCAUUAACUUGUUUUCCCUAAGUCAACUACCAAAAUUUAGGUUUGACUUUUACUAUUAAGUAAAAAGAUUUAAAUUGAGAAAUAAUUGAUGUAUAAAAGUGGUUUGACUGUAUUUAUGUCAUUGUAAUGCUGAGCGAAAUAUCAUUCUGUAAUUUCAUAAAAUAAAGUGAUGUGAAUUCAACCAAUUGUCCUUUUUUUGUACAGAAAAUUAGCUAAUAAUUUUAAUUUGAUUUUUAAUUGUUAUAUUCUGUCUUUCAUUUAAGAUAAUUGCACAAGAAUGGACAAAAGCUGCUCACAUAUGCAGUCAAAUUUAACAUUUUUUAAUGUCUUUACAUUUUUAAUUGGUCAAAAACCCUUUUGUUUUUAAAUGAGCACAUUUUAUGUAUUCACAAAUGCUUUUUUUUAAUAAUCCCCAACUCAAUCACUAUCACAUUCACAAACAACACAACCCAAGUGAUUUAUGAUUGAAGUAGAUAGUGAAAUAUUUUCAUAACGGUAUUUCACAUUAUUUCUCUAUAGGUUUAUUUUAUUUUAGAAUAUAUAAACUUCUGUGAAAGAAACAAUAAAUCAUUUUCAAUUAUGAAAAGAAAUUAAUAUUACAUCUAAUUAAGCUUCUUCUUCUGUUCGCUUUUACCUGGCCGGCGUGGUGGAAGGUAUAGUUGAUGGAUUGCCUCAAGGUUGAGGCCUACUGGAGGAUCAUGGUGUGGAUUUUUAGGAUGUCCCUAAAACACUAAAUUCACCGAUGGCGUGGUCUUCCUCUGGCCUUGAAACCGGAGUGCCUGCUGUUGUCAGCUUGCAAUGCAGUUUGGUUGACAGGCAUUCUGACCAGAUGGCCAAGCCAAAUACCGUAUUAUUGGCGUAUAACACUCACUUUUUCUCCCUGAAAAUAGGGGGCAAAUAAUGUGUGCGUGUUAUACACAGAUAUAAUCUUAAGGAUCCAUAGUACAUACUGCUUAGCGGCGCGAAUGGUGCAUGUUAUACGCCUGUGCGUGUUAUACGCCAAUAACUAUGGUAAUUUGUUUUUGGGCCAUAUACUGGUUUAUUGGGAUUGGCACCAAUCAUUUUGUCUUAUUUCCUAGUUACGUAUUUGGCCCUUAUUGUUUUUGCCAGCUGCUCGCCUUAAACAUCAUGCAGGUUAAUAUUUUUAUCGCAAGACUUUUAUUCGGAGCCCAUUUUUGACACUGGUAAGUAAGGGUUGGAAUAAAUACAGUGCUAAUUAGCCUGGCUUUUGUCUUCAUCUACAUUCUUGGGUGCUUUGCAACGAGGCGCUUUGAUAGCUGAUUGCAUUUGCCUGCUGCCCUCUUUUCUCAGAAUUUUUUGUAUCAGUUUGGGGCUCUAAGUUGAACUUAUUUUUUAGCAGACAAGAUCUUGAUCAAUUAUUAAUUUUUAAGCAAUUUUAUUGUUUUAAGAAAAUAAUAGAAAAACAAAAUCCCCAGAAAACAACAGAGAAGUUUUACUUAAGACUAACCACUAUACAGCAUAUCAUGUAGCGUUCCUUUGGAUCUUUUUAUUGUUUUGUGUAAUUAAAUGAAAUACAUAUUUUAAAACUCAGUAAAAAUAUAAUAGUCAUAUUAAUAUCAGAAAUAUUUUUAUUUUCAUUCAGGUUUUCUAAGAAAUGUUUUAUAAAUAAUUAUAAAUGGAGAAAUAAACAUUAUAUGAUUUUUAAUUCACUUUUUAAAGCUAAAUUUGUUGUCCAAACAGAAAGUGCAACGUUAAAUUUCAUUUACAUUUUUUUUUCUUCUUAUUUCUAUGCAAAAGGAUAGGUGAGUUAAAAAAUGUAUCCACAUUUG